AUGGAGGGGGAACGGGCAGCUGGCGUUGAGGAGCUCAGGCGGGAGCUGCAGUUGGAGCGUCAGAAGCGUGCGGAGCUGGAGACCCAGGUCGGCGAGCUGCUGAGGAGGGAGGCGGGCAGCGCAGGCCUGGUGGAGCGGUUGGCCGGCGAGCUUCGGGAGGAGCGGGAAAAGCGGGCCAGGCUGGAAGAGCGGGUGGAGCUCUUGGCGCGGGCGGAGGGUGAACCCGUGUCGGGCCAGCGUCAUGUGGAGGGCGAGGCUGGCGUGGGUGCUCGGGAAGAGGCGGCGGGAGCUAGCGAUAGCACGGAGGCACCACGAACCUACAGCGCUGUAGCACAGCAGGUUCCGGAUGAGGCAGAGGCGGCGACGGACCGGGUGACAAGCGGCAGUCCCGUACGGCGGGCAGGAGCACCGCAGCGGCAGGCGGGCCAGGUGCCGCAAUCCGGAGGGCAGCAGUCGCGGGCUGGGGACGAACGGUUCGAGCGCAGGAGGGUGCUGGUUGUGGGAGAUUCCAACAUAGCGAGGGUCGAGGAGGGCGUGUUGGCAAAGGUGAGGGCAGACAGGCGGGUGAAGGUGGAGGCCCAGUCAGGUAAGUGCAUAGUAGAUGCAAUGGCCAAAGCCCGGGAGGUAGUAUGGGACAACAUGGAAAACGAGAACCUAGUCGUUAUCCAUGCUGGUCUCAACGAUGUGCUGAAGGGAAGAAGCCAGAACCUUGAGAGACAGCUGGAGGUGGGGUUGCGUAAGCUUAGGGAGGCCUCUGAGAAAGUGCAUGUGACCAUAUGCACAAUCCCAGAGGUCCAGGGACAGUCUAGCGGGAUGGAAAGGAGAGUAGUUGAAGCUAACCGGGUCAUUAGGGGUAUGAGCCGACGACUUGGGUACGGCGUAAUGGAGGUGAACAGGGACGUGUACGAGGCUGGCUCCCACCCUUUUGCACAGGAUGGCAUCCACUACAGUGGUGCCACGGGCAGGAGGGUAGGCAGUAGGAUAGGUUGCCAGGCAACAGCUUUUUUAGGGGGACCCAGGGCCCUGAGGGCUCCGGAGUAGGCGAAGGUGAACCGGAAGAGGAACCAAUGGCAAAGAAGCGUAGAGGCCGUAGAAGUAAUAGACAUAAAUGCCAGCGGAAAGUUUUUUCAGACAUAGGGUAUAUUAACAUGCAAGGUGGCAGGAAUAGGCUGAAAUGGGAGGAAAUAGAAGAGCAGCUGAGACAGGAGAAUUUAAUGGUAUAUGGGUUUGUGGAGACGCAUCUUAGGGACACAGAGCAACCACCCUGUAACCCAGACUAUGCGUGGGAAUAUUGCAAUAGAACAGCAGGCUACAGAAAAGGAGGUGGAAUUGGGGCAUUCAUUCAUAAAAGUACGGAUUGGCAAAGGGUCAAACAGGAUUGUGUGGAACAUUUAUGGUUAAAAGGAAAAGUG